AUGAGCUCCCGCGGCUUAGUGCUGGCACCUCCAGCCAGGACCGUGGUGGUGUAUCGCAACGGUGACCCCUUCUUCCCCGGGAGGAAGUUUGUGGUCAGCCAGCGGCGGUUCCUGACCUUGGAGGCGUUUCUGAACGAGGUGACCAGGAGCAUCCGCGCACCCUUGGCUGUGAGGAGCCUCUACACGCCCAGGCACGGCCACCGCGUCGCUGCGCUGGGGGACCUGCAGGACGGGGGCCAGUACGUGGCUGCAGGCUUUGAAAAGUUCAAAAAGCUCGAUGUUUUCCGGAAUGGGGACCUGCUGAGCCCUCCUUUCCCACUGCCGCUCUCCGAGGGCACCUCACUGCAGUGGGACGCACUCCUGGACACGCUGACACGGAAAGCCGACCUGCACAGCGGAGCUGUUAGCAAGCUCUGCAGGCUGGAUGGAACCCAGGUGUCUGGAGGAGAGGAGCUGGUGCAUGGCGGUUACUAUGUGGCAGUGGGAAAGGAGGAGUACAAAAAACUGCCUUACUCUGAGCUGCUGGUGCCCUGGGGUUCUGCAGGCAGGACGCUGAGAUCACAGUGCUACACAGUCAUGUUUGAGGGUCCCAGCUCCUCUCUGCAGUAG